AUGGGGCUCUCGCUGCUGCUGGCGCUGCUGCCGCUGCUGGGGCUGAGCCGGGCGGCGCCGGCCGCCGACGAGGUCACCUACCUGCCGGGGCUCCCGAAGCAGCCCUCGUUCCGGCACUUCUCCGGGUACCUGUGUGUGGGCCCGGCCAAGCGCCUGCACUACUGGUUCGUGGAAGCGCAGAGCAACCCCGAGAGCAGCCCGCUGGUGCUGUGGCUCAACGGCGGCCCCGGCUGCAGCUCCAUGGAGGGCUUCCUCAAGGAGCACGGCCCCUUCCUGAUCCAGCCUGACGGGGUCACUCUCAAGUACAACGAAUACGCCUGGAACAAGAUCGCCAACAUGCUCUACCUGGAGUCCCCCGCCGGUGUCGGCUUCUCCUACUCCGACGACAAGAAAUAUGCCACAAACGACACCGAGGUUGCUCACAACAACUACUUGGCGCUGAAGGAAUUCCUGCGCCUCUUCCCUGAGUACGCCAAGAACGAGCUCUUCCUCACGGGCGAGAGCUACGGGGGGAUCUACAUCCCCACGCUGGCGGAGUGGGUCAUGCAGGACCCCAGCCUCAACCUGAAGGGAAUCGCCGUGGGAAACGGCCUCUCCUCCUACGAGAUCAACGACAACUCCCUUGUCUACUUCGCCUAUUACCACGGCCUGCUGGGAACCCAGCUCUGGAAGGACUUGCAGGCCUUCUGCUGCUCCCAAGGGAAGUGCAACUUCCAUGACAGCUCCAACCUGAACUGUACGCUCAAGAUGGAGGAAAUGAUUCAUAUCGUGGAGGAAUCUGGUCUCAACAUCUACAAUCUCUAUGCCCCGUGCGCCGGUGGCGUCCCUGGAGACCUAAGGUACGAGGGUGACUAUCUCAUCACCCACGACCUGGGCAACUCCUUCAUCCGGAUGCCUCUGAGGUUCUCCUGGCGGCAGAACCUCUUCCGGAUGCCCGUUGCCCGCAAGAAGGUCCGCAUGGACCCGCCCUGCACCAACUCCACGGCGCCCAGCAUGUACCUGAACUCGGCGGCGGUGCGGAAGGCGCUGCACAUCCCCGCCGAGGCGCCCGAGUGGCAGGUGUGCAGCUUUGACGUGAACCGCAGCUACAAGCGCCUCUUCAUGCAGAUGAACGAGCAGUACCUGAAGCUGCUCGGAGCCAUGAAAUACCGGAUCCUGGUGUACAACGGUGACGUGGACAUGGCCUGCAACUUCCUCGGGGAUGAGUGGUUUGUGGACUCCCUGUGCCAGAAGGUGCAGGUGGCUCGCCGGCCCUGGCUCUACACCGAAGGAGACGAGAACCAGAUCGGCGGCUUCGUGAAGGAGUUCACCAACAUCGCCUUCCUCACGGUCAAGGGAGCCGGCCACAUGGUGCCCACAGACCAGCCCCUCGCUGCCUUCACCAUGUUCCGCCGCUUCAUCAAGAAGGAGCCUUACUAGAGCGGGCGGCGCAGCGCUCGGGGGCCAGGCCCCUCCUGCACAGCCAGCCCUCCCACUGCUGCUCAGCUGCACCAGGAGUCCCCGGUGCCAUGAAACAAACCACUGCCUGGCGCGUGGAGGAGCCCCCGGGGCCCUGCAGGACACCCCGGCCCCGGGCUGGUCACAGGGGAGAGGCUGGGCCGGGCCGGGGGCUCUGUCCUUGCUGGGUGAGAAAUCAGGCCCCUGCUGCAGUCUCCUCCUCGCUGUGGUUUCCUGUCUCGCCUCCCCCUCUCCCUGGAGCCCGUUUCCUUCCCCCUUGGGCUGGGAGCUGCACGCACCACUUCCCYGUGCGCGGUGGCCUCGCACGCACGCGGCACCGGCAGCGCCAGGGCCGUGCUCAGCAGCGCUCGCCACGGGGCUGCGGGCACCACGGCACCGCCUGCGGCUCCCCUCCACGCUGCUGCUCCCCUUGCUCGGCUCGGCAAAGGAGGCUGGAAUGAAYAUGGUACCUCUCUGCCCACUCAGUGCCUGGAGCGUAUCCUGCUCUUGGGGACUUGCAAUAAACUCUCCGAACAACA